AUGGACCGCCUCCUCGCCGGCGGCCAGGGCUCGUCGCGGCCCAUCGCCAUCGGCGCCGAGCCCCUCGACCCCCUGCGGCCCGGCACGGACACGGCCAACUCCUGGCACGGGUCGAGCCCGGCCUUCAUCGGCGCCGCCGACGACGACGUGACGCGCGCGCCGGUCAUCGGGUCCAUGCCCGUGUCGUCGCGGCUCCAGUCGUCGCUGCCGCCCCUGACGCUCCCGGCGUCCGUGGGCGACGCGACGGCGACGAUCUCGCUCUCCGUGUCGCUGCGGAGCUCCGACGGGAAGCUCGGCUCCGGCUCCGGCUCCGGCGGGACCGCGGCGUCGCUCAUCGGCGCGCUGUCCCUCGGCGACAAGGGGGGCUCCGAGGCGGGCUCGCUCCGCGCGCUCUCGCUCCUCGAGUCCUCGGAGUUUAAAUCGCACGUGCUCCAGCGGCGGCGGCUCAACAGCGCGGACCUCCCGCCGCGGCCGCCGCCGCCGCCGCCGGGCCGCGACGUCGACGACCUCGAGAUCGACGACGAGGCCCUGGGCAUGGCCGACGACGACCAGUUCGGCUUCGAGAUGGAGCACCACGCGCCCGCGAACUAG